CAUUCACGUAGCCCCACUAAUCGUUGAUCUCAAAUCAACCACCGUGCACUGUGGGACCGAGAAGAGAAAAAGAAACAAACAAUACAGAGGAUGGAAUAGUGCGCACGCACCCGCACGACAGCCGCCGCACACUUUUCUUUGAUGGAUUCACAUUUUCAGUGGAUUAUUCAUUCAUCGCACGACUGACAGCGCCGCAGAAGAGCCAUGGCGUCGGAUAACACACAGCGUAGCUACUCCAUCAUCCCGUGCUUCAUCUUCGUGGAGUUGGUCAUCAUGGCUGGGACGGUGCUGCUGGCCUACUACUUUGAGUGCACGGACACGUUCGGCAUCCACAUCCAGGGCUUCUUCUGCAACGACGCUGAGCUGCUGAAGCCCUACCCUGGCCACGAGGACACGAGCUUCAUCCCACCACUCAUCCUCUACUGCACGGUGGCCGCCGUUCCCACCGGCGUGAUCUUCAUUGGCGAGAUGUCCAUGUUCAUCAUGAAGUCGACGCGGGAGGCUCUGCUCGUCCAGGAGAAGACCAUCGUAACGGGAGAGUGCUGCUACCUCAACCCCCUCAUACGCAGAAUCAUCAGGUUCAUUGGUGUGUUUGCAUUUGGCCUGUUUGCCACGGAUAUCUUCGUCAACGCCGGCCAGGUGGUCACGGGAAACCUGGCGCCGUACUUCCUGAGCGUGUGCAAGCCAAACUACACGGGCACGGAGUGCCGCGCCGCCAACCACCAGUUCGUCUCCAACGGCAACAUCUGCACCGGCAACCCUCUGGUCGUGGAGCAGGCCAGGAGGUCUUUCCCGUCCAAAGAGGCCUCCAUCAGCGUCUACUCCGCCGUCUACGUCACCAUGUACAUCACAAGCACCAUCAAGACGAAGAGCAGUCGCUUGGCCAAGCCGGUGUUGUGUCUGGGCACCCUGUGUGCGGCCUUCCUGACGGGGCUGAACCGUGUCUCGGAGUACCGCAACCACUGCUCUGACGUCAUCGCCGGCUUCAUCCUCGGCAGCUCUGUGGCGCUCUUCCUGGGGAUCUGUGUAGUCAACAACUUCAAAGGGGUGCACAGGACUGCGUCCAAGCAGAAGACUGAGGACUACCGCGGCCUUCCGCUCAUGACCUUCCCUCGCGUGGAGAGCCCUCUGGAGACGCUCAGCGCACAGAACCAUUCGGCAUCGAUGACGGAAGUCACAUGACUAAGGGGGCAGCACAAAGUGUCCUUCGCGUCCCCCAAACACCUCUAAGGCACAAAUGCUUUUUGUACUGUGUCACACUGUAUAAAGGACAGUAUUAUGUUGUUCCUAGUUAGAGGCCAAUGUUUUGUACAUUUUGUAUCAGAGUGUUGUAGCUUAACCCACUGCGUUCUGUUAGCUCCAGAUUUUGUUUACUCCACAUGUCGAGACAUAUGCCUUUUUUCUCGUUACGUUUUACAUCAAGAAGUAAAUAUAUAUAUAAAGUUAUAUAUAUAAAUACAAGUCAUUAUAAUGUCAUGGAAAUGUUGAUGUUUAAGUGGUAUUUGUACAAAGAGUUUAUUUUAUUUCCCUGAUUUUUUUCUGUACAUUUUUGACAAAAAAAAGUCAUAUUUUGUAUUAUUUUGUUAUCUGUAUAAAACAUUUUGAUCCAGAUUGCCUGCUGUUUCUUUUUUUGAGGAAUGUUUUUGGUAUAUCUAUUUUUGGUGUAAAGAAGAACAAAAAAUGUUAUGAAUCGUUACUUACAAGUGACUUCUUUUUUUCUUUGCCAGUUUAAAUGGCCUUUUACCCAGCAUGGACGAGAAGAACUCCUUCGGCACCCCGUGAAUCCUUACUUGUAGACUGUUCUCUCUUUUUUUUUCUUUAAAAAAAAGUAAGCAUUACAUUUGGAAUGCUGCAUUUAUUUUUGAUUUGGUUUGUCCACUGAAUAAAUUGUCUGUAGCUGA